AUGCACAAAUUGUGAAUUUAAGGAUUAAGUAAGCGAACCAGCAGAGACAACACUUCCACUUAACAGUUCCACAGCGCUGCUGCCAUGGCCAAGCCGCCCGCAGAUACCUCCGGCUUGGGCUAUGCCUAUCAUCUACCAUCCGGUGGCCUUCUGCUACGCCUCAAGAACUCCCUGUCCCAGUUCAGUGACCUAUUCAGCGAGUUCAACAAAUACAUUUCACCUGCCUUCUUUCACGAUCGCUGCGAGCGAUCCGUCCAUAUGCGCAUGUAUUCCAUGCACAAGCGUGAAUUUGUUAUGGUCUUUCUCGGCUUCUUCACCUGCUUCGGCCUAGGCAUUAUAAUUGGUCUGACUGGUCCGCCAAUAACAACCACAGACGCGGUGACAGCACAGCAGAUCCUGGCCAAUACAACGCUGGCGCAUAGCAAAACGGUGCUGGCCACGGGCCCCUUUGCCAUGAAGUCCCCGCUGAUGACGACCUACUCCCAACAGAUGUGGCUCAUAGCCAAGCUGGUCACCGAUAACAAUGAUGAUGAGCGCUAUGACAAGAGUUUCCAGAUCAGCGUCUCCAUCGAUGGCAUCAACGAGCAGCACAAGCCACUGAGUGUCCUGGGCCGCAGCGCGGCCCAUAAUCGCACAAGGCAUUUGCUGUGUGUGCGCAACGACUGCGAGGAGUUCACGGUCAUGCAUUUGGGCUUUCUGGACUAUGCCCACUAUAUCAUCACAGUACGUUUCCUGGGGCUAGAGUCGUUCCAUCAGAAGUACAACAUCAGGGCCAUUACGUUCUAUUUCAAGACAUAUAGCCCGGAGUUUACACAGAUUGAGAUCUGGUUCAGAUUCAUCUUUCUGCUCUUCACGUUCAUCGUCAUAUGCUGGUAUGCGCACACGCUGCGCAAGUAUCCCGUCUACGACUGGUCCAUUGAGCAGAAAUGGAUAUCCGUUCUGCUGCCGCUGCUGCUGCUCUACGAUAAUCCAUUCUUUCCGCUGAUAUUUCUGAUGAACUCCUGGAUGCCGGGCAUGCUGGAUGCCGUUCUGCAGGCCACAUUCCUGUGUGCCCUGCUCAUGUUCUGGCUGUGUAUCUACCACGGUCUGCGGCAGAAUGAACGACGCUUUGUUAGCUUCUAUAUGAUCAAGAUUAUCGUGGUGCUGCCCAUUUGGCUGUGCGCCAUUGUCCUGGCCACAUGGGAGAAAUGCAACGAGCUGCGAGAUCCCACAUACAGCCAUUUUGUGGACACCAAGAACUACAAUGGCCUCAAGAUGUUCUUCUACAUUGCCUGCUGCAUGUAUGUGGUUUAUCUGGGGCUGCUCCUGCUGCGCGCCUACACUGAACUGCGUUCCAUGCCCUACUUUGACAUACGCUUAAAGUUUCUCACGCUGCUGAUGCUCUUUGUGCUGUCUAUUUCCAUAACGGUCACCACUUGCCGAUUUGGUUUCGGCAUACUGGAGGAUAACUUUGUGGCCACACUGAACACCACCUACCGCAGCUCGGCUCAGUUUAUGUGCUUUUACGGGCUGUUAAAUUUCUAUUUGUACACAAUGGCGUAUGUGUAUUCGCCGGAUGGACGCUUUGCCCAGGCCGAAUUGGCCGUUACCAAAGAUAAUCCGGCCAUUUCCAUGAUUGACGAUUCUGAUGAGGAUGUCGUCUACGGUUCCGACGAGGAGUCAAGGCGUCCACUUACCUCCAUGGGUGGUGCAGGCAAAAAUGACUACGACAGCGAUUAACACCGACCGAUUAAUUGGGCGUAUCAUAUUAUAAACGUUAAUGUUCCAUAGUAUGCGAUCGGAACAGCGCUACAUUACUGUACAAAUUACUUAUUCUACAGGUAUAGCAUUCAGCCAAGCGUUUUCAAUUCCCCUAUCUAAAUUUCAAGUAAAAUUAAUUGAUAAUUACCUAUUUGUUGUAUGUAAUAUAUGUAUAAACAGAACUUCGGUUCGUGCGGCGGUUGUA